AUAUUUUUAAUUGAAUAAACCUUUAAAACUAUAAGUCAUCGAUUAAGAAGUCAUAUUUUUGGGUGAAAUAAACUUUGAAAUCUUAGCUCAGUUGUUAUAAAAGCAGUAUUUUGUUUGGAAUAAACCUUUUAAACCAAAGCUUGGUAGUUAGAAAGUCAAAUUUUGAUUGGAUUAAGCUCUUAAAACCAUAUUUUGUUAGUUCGAAAAUACUUUUUUGAUGGAAUAAACCUUUAAUAUUUGGGUAGAACCUAAUAUAGUUCAUUGAAUAAACCUUUAAAACUCUAAGUAAUUUGUUAGAAAGUAAUACUUGGGUGGGAUAAACUUUGAAUUCUUCGCUCAGUUGUUAUGAAAACAGUAUUUUGGGCGGAAUAAACCAUAAAACUACAACUCAUUUGUUAGAGAACAAUAUUCUGGCUGAAAUAAAUCUUUAAAACCAUAAAUUGGUAGUUAGAAAGUCUAAUUUUGAUCAAAUAAACCUUUAAUGUUUGGAUAAAAGCUAAUAUUUUUAAUUGAAUAAACUGUUGUGAAGCACGGAGAUAUGGGAUCCCAGAAUCAGUCAUUUAUAAGGGCUGACUGUGAUCUCAUAGUAGGGAGUGUUGAGAAACAUGGAGGUAUGAGAUCCCAGAAUCAGCCACAAGGGGAAGACUCUGGCAGAAUAACAGCUAAAUAAGGGAACAUUGUGAUGUUAUAACCUGUGAUUUGUAACUGAUUCAUGCUAUAACCUAAUAAGUGUGUUAAAGCUAACACGAAUACCUAUUUUUAUAAUCUUUGUUUAAGAAGUAACUAAGUCAGAACAGCAACUCACUGUGAAAAGUGAUGUUUUGGUUACCAGGGAAACUGAUGUUUUUGAUAUGACAAAUAUGAGGAACUAAUGCUUUAUUGAAUGGAAAUGCUUUUAAGAGUUUGAUUACUAUGAAACUGAGAUGUUUUAUAAAGAGUUUUGAUUACUGUUAAACUAAGGUUUUUAACUUAGUAAUGAAGUGAGAAGUCAAGAGCUGAGGUGAACUGAGGUCAAGUGUUCACAGUAAAGGUUAUUAAGCUCAAAAUAAAUGUCAGGGAUUUUUGUGAGUCGGUCUGUUUCCUGACCGGAGGCCUGCUCUGAGCUGCAGAUGGAACAAAUACAUUAACAGAGAAGUGAGACUGAGUGGAAGGGUCCAAACAGUCCAAACAGUUAGUUUCAGUUCCUCAAACAUGGAGGGGUCUUAGGAUGAGUUGGGGGGAGCUGGUGGAACAGUCCAGAAUAGAUGGUUUUGGUUCCUCCAGAGCACGCAGAGGCCAUGAGGUCAGUGGAUGGAAGCAGUGCACGAGUAAGGAGGGGGAUGGAUGCUGUCAUCAUGUAUGUUAAUUAAGGGUGCAGUCAUUGCAUAUGCAAAAGGUUCAGUUGUUGUAUAAAUUGCACUGGAUCAAGACACGAGUUGGGAGAGUUACGAGGUAGUCGCUGGAUGCAAGCCAGGCAGCAAUGUUCUGAGCAUGGGGGAUUUUACCACGUAACUUGGAAGAGAAUUCAACAUGAUCUGUAAAGGAAUAACUUUUCCACGGGAAUUAUGGAUUUAAGGACUGCUCUUUCUGCACUGUUGGAGGAUUACAAAAGACUGUGAUCUAAAAAUAACGCUGACUGAAGGAAUAUUACUGAACUCUAUUAUUUCCAAAAGGAUUAACACCAGAGUGGAUUAUAACAAAGUUUUUAUUGGGCCAAACAACAUAAAGGAUACAAGCAGAUCUAAAUGGGGACUGAACUCUCUCUCCACCUCCUCCCUGGAGCAGAGCCCAGCGGGGCGUCGGUCUUCAGGUGAGCAGCAGGAGCUGCAUGUGAUCUUCCCCUGGCUGGUAGAAAGCGUGUUCGGCAGUCUGGACGGGAUCAUCGCCGGCUGGAACCUGAGACUCCUUCACUCUCGGAGCACCGAGUAUAAUGUGGUGAUGGAGUUCCUGAACCCCAGCGGCCCGAUGAUGAAACUGGUUUACAAACUCCAAGCUGAAGAGUACAAAUAUGAAAUCCCCGUUAACUAUCUGCCGGGUCCAUUGAAGGCCUGCAUCCAGGAAGGAGUUCUACCCGACUGUCCUCUGUUCCACAACAAGCUGCAGUUUCCUCUGUCUGGUCUGCUGACUCUGAACAUCGCUCUCAAUCCGUUUGAAUUCUUCAUGUUUAAUUUCGCUUUCUGUCUCAUCACACCAAAGAACUUCCCUCCAGGCCAGCAUGGUGGCUCCACAGACAGCGCCUACUUCGUCCUGGUGGACAUCUACCUGAAGUACUUCCUCCCCAGUGAAGGAAGCGUUCCUCCGUCUCCGUUCUCUGACUCCAGAGGUUCGGUUACAGCUCCAUCACCCAGAUCAUCCAGCGUUUCCUUCACUGGUUACGGCGUCCACAGUCCCAGUCUGCUGAAGCAUCACAUCUUCCAUCAGCCGUCGGUGAACGCCGACCCAGCAGCCCAGGAGAUCUGGAGGACGGAAACGCUGCUACAGAUGUUUGUGGAGGUCUGGCUCCAUCACUACUCCUUGGAGAUGUACCAGAAGCUGCAGUCUCCUCAGGUAAAGCUGGCGCUGCUGCAGUACCGCCUCAGUAUGUCCAGCAUGCCGUACCAACCCUACGCCCCACCAGGCUCUGGGACCCUCCACACCUACCAAGUACUUUUACCUUUUCAUUCACCCCUGUUGCUCCUGGAGGUAAACCCCAGUCAGUACAGCUCCGUCAAGGCUACUUCUCUCUUAUGGACGGCCACUGAUGAGGAGCCCUUCAGCCCGACGGAGGAGCACGUGUUGGUGGUCCGACUCCUGGUCAAACAUCUGCACGCCUUCUCCAGCAGCCUGAAGCCGGAGCAGCUGUCGUCCUCACCGUCGGCCCACUCCCACACCAGCCCCCUGGAGGAGUUCAAGAGAGUUGUGGUGCAGCGUUUUGUGCAGCAGAAACUCUACCUGUUUCUCCAGCACUGCUUUGGUCACUGGCCUCUAGAUGCAUCUUUCAGAGCGGUUUUGGAGACGUGGCUGAGCUACAUCCAGCCGUGGAGAUACACAGGGGAGAAGACCAACGUUCAGCCCGACCAAAACAGAACAGAAAACAGAACCAUACCUGACAAAUGGGAGUCCUUCGUUCAGGAGAACCUGCUCAUGUACACGAAGCUCUUCCAGGUGUUCCUGAACCGAGCCGUACGAACGGAUCUGGUCAACGCCAAAAAUGCACUGAUGGUGUUCAGGGUGGCCAAAGUGUUCGCUCAGCCGAACCUCGCAGAAAUGAUCCUGAAAGGAGAGCAGCUGUUUCUGGAACCCGAACACGUCCUCCAUCACCGGCAGCCCCGCGGCUACCUGACGCCGGGUCAGGGAGGCAGCUACCUGUCGUCACGGCAACGGGUGGUGACGGACAUGGUGUUCAGGGUGAAGAGUCACGUCUACGCUCUGGAAGGGCAGGACUGUCAGUACAAGCAGAUGUUUGGCACGGAUCUCCGAGGAGCAAUCAUGAAGUUAAUCCAGAUCAUUGCACAAGCUAGACAGACGGCCAAGAGGAUAUCGGAUCACUCCAGCGAGGUGGCGGCGAACAACUCCUUCCUGUCCUGGUUCGGACUCGGCUCCUCGGAUCUCAACAGCACGUUUCCCGGCGCCGAGCCCGAAGAGAGCGGCGAGUGUCUGAAGAAGACCCACGAAUUCCUGGACAGAGCUCUGGAAAACCUCUGUCAGAUCUUUAAGCUGAACCAGGGUCAGCUGACUCAGCUCAUAUCAAACCUUGGCUCCUCCCAGGAUGACGGAAACUGCAAACAGCUUCCCGACUGCAUCCAGAGCGACAGCGGGCUGAUCCUGACCGACCUGGGCAGGAGGCAGAUCAUUAACGGACUGCGGAGGUUUGACGUCCCGUAUCAAGGAGACCCGGAGCUGCAGCCCAUCAGGAGCUACGAGAACGCCCUGCUGGUCAGGCUGUUCUACCGGAUCUCCUGCCUGGUCAACCACAGGCUGGGAGGUCACAUGGAGGCUGUCUGCUCCCGUCCAGACUUCCUGGGUCGCCUCGGCCGCUACUACCUGACCGAUCCGGAUUGGACCUUCAGGCUGAGGCAGAGCCCGACGUCCCGGCAGACGGUGGAGAGGAGCCGGCAACCGAGGCUGAGUCUCCGUCCGCUGGCCAGCUACAGGACCUUGCUGCUCCUGCUGCUGCUCUACAUGUUGGGGGCGCUGCUGAGCUUCGGCCCCGCCUCCAGCACGGCGCUCAUCCUGGCCGGCGGCUUCCUGUACGGCCUGCUGGUGGCGCUGUUCGGAGACAAACUGAAGACUCACUAGAAGGUUGACAGAAGGAAAGACGUGUCCGUGAGCGGAGCAUCGAUAAUGAUGGAUCAGUGGAAGGCUGUCAAUCAUAUUCUCAGUUCAUGCAUUUAUAUAACUCUGAAUUCACGCUGUGCUGCUCUUUCAGCCUGUUUUAGUGGGUUUAGAUCCUGACUGGGCUGAAAACAGACCCACAACUCUUCUCUUUUCAUGCUUGUCAUGUGACUGAUGUAAAGAAGCAGCUGGAGAAGUGAUGGAGGAAAGUAUUUUCUUGGUGGUAGCAGGAUGCGUUUUUGUCCAAAAGCCUCAAUAAACUGUUUGCACUCA